CCCCAUUCUCAGGUACCAAGUGCUGAAGACGGCUCCCUUGACCGCAGCCUCCAUGCCGUACAUCAACAGGUUGAGCAAGCACUUUGACUUCUGGGGCACCCCUGGCGUCGGAAGGCCGGCCACCGUGAUGGUGUCCCCUGAGCAGGCGCCAUUAGUGGUUGCUGCCUUCAACAGGAUGCGAAUUUCGCACGAAGUCUUGAUUCCUGACCUUGGACCGGAAGUCGAAAGGGAACGUUUAGAACGUGAAGCCCUGCUGGAGUUGGCCCACCCUAUGAAGCCUCGAGAGGCCGUGUACGAUCGAUACUUGAGCUGUCAAGAAAUCCAUCAUUACAUGAGAGAUUUGUCAGCUGCCUACCCUGAAAUCGCCACCGGAAUAGUUUUUGCCAACGGCACCGAAGGACACAAGGUGAAAGGAAUCAAGAUAUCGAACGGAAACGCUGGCCAGAAAGCUUUGUGGUUCGACUGCGCAAUCCACGCCCGCGAAUGGAUCACACCGCCUGUCUGCCUGAGGAUCAUCGACGAGGUCAUCGCCGACCCUGCCCUCAGGGACUUGGCUGACUGGUACAUCCUUCCUGUUGCCAACCCUGAUGGAUAUAAUUAUUCCAUUACCACCGAUCGCUUCUGGAGAAAGACCCGCAGCCCAAAUCCAGACCCCAACUGCCCUGGCACUGACCCCAACAGGAACUUUGACUUCCUCUGGGAUGCUGGCAAUCCCACUGACUACUGCUCCGAAGUUUAUCCAGGAACCAACGCCUUCUCUGAACCUGAAGUCUCUGGUAUUGGCAACUUUAUCGUGGAUAUUGCCGACAGCCUUGUACUCUACGUCGCAAUCCACAGUUACGGAGAGCAAAUUCUCUAUCCCUACGGCCACACCGUCGAACCCGUUCCUAACGUUGACCAGCUGAUUGCUGCUGGAACUGCAUCUGCCGACGCCAUCGCUGCCGUGGCCGGCACCACGUACACCGUUGAGAACUCUGCCGCUGGCCUUUACUUCACGCACGGCACUAGCGGCGAUUUUGCUUACGGAAUAGGCGCCGUUCAGUACGCGUACACCUACGAGUUGAGUGGCGGCGGAUCAGCGGGUUUCGACCCUCCUGCCUCCCUCAUCCAGCCCGUCGUGGACGAGGUCUGGCCCGGCAUCAAGGCUCUUGUCGAUUACGUUCUUGCAAACUAAUUUAGAAUUAAGUUUUGCAAACCGGCUGUGAUAUAUUUAAUUGGUGUCUUUUAACAAAUAUAUUUCAUUGUUCAGCACACCUGAACAUCAAGAAAAUAUGUAUUUGUAAUAAUUCGCAUAUUUUUUCGUCAAAAGUGAUUGUAAAGUUUGAAUAUAAUAA